GCAAGCAAAAAGAACAAAUACUGGAAAUUGAUAAAUCAAGUGAUCACGACGAAGAUGAUAUCGAUGAAAUAUUUGAUGAGAUUGAAUAUAAAAGCAAAGAGUUAGAAGAGCUCAAAAGUUUUUCGUCCGACUGUGUUUCAAUUGAUGAAAAAAGUGCUGAAGAAAUAGAGUCAGAGGAAACUAAUAAAAUUAUUGAAAUAAAAAGCCUGGCAGUUUGUUUGGUGGUAAUAGAAGAAAUACUAACUGGAAAAACGGCCUCUGUUAAUAAAAAACCAACAAUCGAAGAACAAUUAAAUAAGAUCACUGAAGAUACGAAUAUCAAAGAAAAAUAUAAAGAAAGCAUAAGAGAGUUAUUUAAAAACAAUAAGAACUUAUUUGCAAAUAGACUAGAAGAACUUGGAUAA